CCCAGGCCAACACGUAACGUAGGCACUCACACUAUUAACAUCUUGGGAUCUCUUUCUCCGAUCCCAUCCUCCCAAAAGCAACUAACCUCCGGCGUCAUGUCGGCCAAGGAUUGUGCCCACCACCACCGUGAGCGGCGGAAGUUGUACCACCGCCUCUUCCUUGCCCUCUUAUGCUCCAUAAUUCUCAUCCUCUUCAUCGUCUUCCUCAUCUGGCUCAUCCUCCGCCCCACCAAGCCCCGCUUCAUCCUCCAAGACGCCACCGUCUACAACUUCAACGUCACCGGCGCCGCCGCCACCGGGCUCAACCUCCUGACCACCACCAUCCAGGUCACCCUGGCCUCCCGCAACCCCAACGAACGCAUCGGCAUCUACUACGACCGCCUCGACGUCUACGCCACCUACAGGGGCCAGCAGAUCACCCUCCCCACUCUCCUCCCCGCCUCCUACCAAGGCCACAAAGACGUCACCAUUUGGUCGCCGUUCCUCAACGGCAACACCGUCCCGGUGGCGCCCUACCUGGGGCUGGAGAUCAGCCAAGACCAGAACGCCGGCAGGGUGUUGAUCAACAUCAGAGUGGAUGGACGGAUCAGAUGGAAAGUUGGGACGUUCAUCUCCGGGAGGUAUCGUUUGGAUGCAAACUGCCCUGCUUAUUUGAGCUUCGGAGAGAAUUAUAGUCCCAACAGUAUUUUAGUUGGCUCAACUGCAAAGUAUCAAUUGGUGCAAAAUUGUCACGUUGAUGUUUGACUGAGCUUAAGGUUAUUGUUUUCUUUAAUUUCAAAUCAUAUAUGCUAUGAUUCUCUUUAAUUUGAGGUUCGUUUUUCAUUAAUU